AUGUAUCUUAUAGUGGAUGGCCUUGAUGAAUGUCAGAGGGAAGAGCCGGGGUUGUCGCAGCUUCUGGAGCUGGUGGCUGAAACGUCAACCAACAGAAAAGUAAAAUGGCUCCUUUCGAGGACUCACUCGGAAGAUGGGCAGCUUUGCCUCGAAUUAAAUGCUGUCUCUGUAUCUGGGGCAGUCAAUGCCUAUAUCAGUCAUAACAUGUCAGAGCUCAGCGAUCAAUACCGGCAAAAGCUACGAGGGAACAUAAUUUUUUCGUCUCAUAAAUUUGAUGAAUUGAUUCAAAAUAUUGAGCAUGUGCUACAAGAAAAAUCCGAUGGCACUUUCCUGUGGGUGGCUUUGAUGAUCAAAGAGCUCAAGACAUGCGCGCCCAAUAAAGCUCUGGAGAAAGUGAAAAAGGCUCCCAAGGGCUUACACGGUCUUUACACGACAAUUCUGGACAAUCUCAUUCAAUUUGAUGAUGCUAAAGAUUGCGGGAAAGUUCUUUUGAUCAUGAUCAACGCAUACCGGUCUCUUCAUUUAUCUGAAAUAGUGGCGCUGGCGCAGUUGGAUGAAUUGGCUGCCCAUGAAUCCAUUUUGAGACACUGUGAAUUCCUCACUUUCAGGGAGGAUAUUCAUCUUGUUUCCUUCAUCCACCAGUCAGCUAAACACUUCCUUGUUCAAGAUCAAGGGCCAGCAGUUAUAAUAUUUUUCCAAGAGGGCACAGGGAAGGACAUAAGAUCAUUGUGUCAGCAUCUCUUACAGUCAUGA